AUGUUGUGGAUUUUAGCUCCGACAUUGGCAAAAAAGUUGGAGCUUGCCCGUCGCGAUCACGACACGCAAAGCAGCUUCGGGGGUGUGUGCAUACAACCCAAGAAAAAAACGUUGACAGCACAACCACCCACUACCAUGUUUGCCCGCAGCAGCGGCCGGGCGUUAGUCCGCGCCAUCGACGCCUCCUCCCAGACCUCGAUACCGAGCUUCCUCAUUCCCGCCCUCCACCGUCCCUUCUCCGCCUCGGCGGCCAACCAGUCCAAGCUCGGCCGCACGCCCAUAUCGAUACCGCCUGGCGUCGAGCUCACCGUCAGCGAGCCCUGGCUAAAGAAGGACGCGACCAACUACAAGAAGAUCUACAAGAAGACUGUCACUGUCGAGGGUCCCCUCGGCAAGCAGAGCUUAGAGGUGCCUGCGUUCAUCAACUUUGACCACGAUGCGGACUCGAGGAAAACGAUGCUGAGCAUCGAGAACAGGGAGGAGAAGAACCAGCGCGAGAUGUGGGGCACAACAUGGGCAUACGUUCAACGGUACAUAAUAGGCGUCUCAGAAGGCCACACAGCCGUCCUGCGCAUGGUGGGAAUUGGAUACCGAGCAACCGUCGAAGACCGUCCCGAGAAGGAGGAAUAUCCCGGCCAGAAGUUUGUGUGUCUCAAGCUCGGCUUUUCUCACCCGGUCGAGCUUGGAUUGCCGCUUGGGAUGAAGGCCAGCACUCCCCAGCCGACGCGUAUCCUGCUCGAGGGUAUCAAUAGGGAGGAGGUCAUGUCGUUCGCCGCCGAGUGCCGCAAGUGGCGUGUACCGGAACCGUACAAGGGCAAGGGUAUCUUUGUCAACGACGAGACCAUCAAGCUGAAGCAAAAGAAGGUCAAAUAGAGGCUGGGCGAUCAGUUUGCGUGGUGCAUUUGUAUACUAUGGCUUUGGAGAGGAAAGAUAUCUUGGAGCAGAAAGCUCCGUGUACCACUACAACUUUUGGUGCAUAUAUGGCUGGGCUUCUUGUUGUACACCAGUGUUAUAUAACAGCGUUCAGAUGAUCUCUAAUGUUUCCUUUCCCAGCGUCCGAUCGCAGGGCCUGCAUCUGACCUAAUUCUUCCCCAAAACCUCCUGGACAGCCUUCAGCACCUUGUCAUGUACAGCUGCUGGGGCGGCCACAACACCCUUGUUUUCGGCAAGGGUCCGGCCUUUGCUAAAGUCGAGCCUCCUACCCUCCGUGUCGGUAACUUGUCCACCAGCCUCACGUACGAUCAGAUCACCGGCAGCGUGAUCCCAGAUCUUCUCCUGGUAGGUCUUGCUCGUGGGCAGUCUGAGGUAGAUAUCGCCGGCGCCACGUGCGAUCGAGCCAUACUUGGCCUGCGAAUCCAUCCUGACGCUGGGGUUGGUGAUGCCCAGCUUCUGAGCAAUCUGGGCCGCCUCUCCCUGAGACGAGUGGCCGGCCUCGACACUCUCGCAAAAGGUCGCGCUGGCCAUGUCCGCCAGCGGCUUCAUCGAGAUCUUCUUGACGGGAUCGGCCAACCCACCAGUCGUCAGCGGCCGGCUGUUGGCGCCCUGUCCCAGGACGCCGGAGAAGAGCACGCCGCGGCCUUCAUCUGUCGCGUUGGUUCCCAAGUCUGCGGUCAGCGGGGCGCUGUCAUCGACCGGUAGGUUCGGGCAACCGAGGACGCCGACCUUGACGUCGCCGUCAACCAUCAGACCCAAGCAGACGGCAUAUUGGCCGCCGCGCAGGAAACCCUUUGUGCCGUCGAUGGGGUCGAUGGCCCAUAUCCUGCCCUUGUCGCCGCCUUUGCUCUUGCCCCUGUCGAUCAGCUCCAGCAUCUCCUCGACGCUGCUUAUGGCUCCCCCCAGGGUCUUUUCCGCCUGCUCGUCGCUCAGCUUCGUCGUGCUCACCAGCUCCCAAAUGGUCUUUUUGAGAGCCUCAUCCUCGCGCAGAGCAUCCGCCUCCUCCUCGGCGACGAUCUCAUCUUCGGGGAAGUUGGCCUUGAGGGCGGCGAUGAUGAGCGCCUGGGCUCCAAAGUCGCCGAUCGUGACGGGGGACUUGUCGUCCUUGGAGACGGUUCCCUUGGCUUUCUCGUUGAAGACGCGCUUGGUCAGGAUGGCGGCGCGCUGCACGGCCAGCUGCGCGACCUCAAGCUCCUUGGCAUAGGUGGCCAUCUUGACUGUGGUUGAUUGGGUACGAAGAUGAUUGCCUAGGAGGUCGAGACGGGGUAUGAUUCUCGCAAGGAGGAAUGCCAGUGCGAGAGCUGCAAGUGAUGUCCAGAAAAGAGGCCUGCUCAAUAGGUGAUUUCUCUUUGCCGUCUCGCGUGUAAACAUGCGAUAGAGUGAUUUUUUUUUUUUUUUAUCUCCUCUUUUUUUUCAGUUCAGGCUAGGAUAGGAUGAGCCCAGGUCGGCAGUCGCUUUUCAAUUUCAACUGCAAUGACACCGCAGCAGCGGAGUUCUGGUGCCUGGCGAUUGUUC